UGGAGUGGUGUAUGUCUCCGAGUGUAAUCAGGUUUGAGCUUCUUGCCUGUAUACGGACGUUUCAAGACAAUUAAACCAAACGGUAAAUAAAACCCUAGCCAUCGGGAAUGAACAAUAGCUUUGGAUUGCGCAUCUGAAAUCGAUCCAUCGGCAAUGGAUGUAAGCGCAGAACCUGCACACAGCUGCAAACUAACUGAUCAUGGUCCAGUGGUGCCCACAACCCCACUUGUUAUUUUUCUCGAGAGAAUCCAAGAAACCGCUCUCAAAACCUUCGGCCCCAUGAAAUUCGACCCGAAAUUUUACGUUGACUUAUCAUUGAAGUUCGAUCUUCCAAUCGUCAAACAAGCAUUCAAUGAUUUGGCCAAGACAGCAAAUGGGUCUGUGUUACCUUCCGAUUUUAAUGAUUUUCUGAACAAAUAUAUGAAUGGGGCAGAAAAGGAUUUGGAGUAUGUUAAACCAAUCGACUUCAUGGCUGAACCUGAAGGGUUUUUGCCCAAAGUGGCGCACCAGGGUGUGAGAAAUUGGGCUCUCGAAGUCCAUUCUCUCUGGAAGAAUUUGAGUCGGAAAGUGUCCGAUAAGGUUUUGGAACACCCUGAAUUGCAUACUCUUCUUCCUUUAAAACACCCAGUGAUUAUACCCGGAUCCAGAUUUCAAGAGGUUUACUACUGGGAUUCAUAUUGGGUAAUUAGGGGAUUAUUAACAAGUAAAAUGUACGAAACGGCUAAAGGGAUAAUUUUCAAUCUGAUUGACCUUAUAGAGACAUAUGGAUACGUUCUUAAUGGCGCCAGGGCAUAUUAUACAAACAGAAGUCAGCCUCCAUUGUUGAGUUCAAUGGUGAUUGAGGUAUAUAAGCAAACUCACGACAUGAAUUUGGUGAAAAAAGCUCUCCCUGCUCUCAUCAAAGAACACAAAUUCUGGAAUUCAGGCAUACAUGUUGUCACCAUUGAAGACGCUCAAGGAACAAUCCAUAAUUUAAGUCGUUAUUAUGCUAUGUGGAAUAAACCAAGGCCAGAAUCAUUCACAAUUGACACAGAAACUGCCAUUAAAAUUUUGAAGGAUUGUGAGAAAGAGAAAGUGUAUAGGGAGAUUGCUUCGGCUGCAGAAAGUGGCUGGGAUUUUAGUACCCGAUGGAUGAAGGAUACUUCAGAUCUCACAACAUUGUCCACAACAAUGAUUUUACCCGUUGAUUUGAAUACACUCAUAUACAAGAUGGAACUUGACAUAUCCUUCUUAGCAAAAGUUUCUGGAAAAACUAGUGAUUGUUUACACUUCAAAGAAGCUUCAAAAGCAAGAAAGAAAGCCAUGGAUGCUGUUUUUUGGAACGAAGAGAAAGGGCAAUGGUUCGAUUACUGGCUCGACCCUGACUCGAACCGCAAGGAGGAUGUUUACACAUGGGAUGCCAAAUACCAAAACCAAGACAUAUUUGCCUCAAACUUUAUACCAUUGUGGGUGCGAUUUCAAGACAAAACCCUCGUUAAAAAGGUUGCACAGAGUCUCCAAAGCUCGGGUCUCCUUCAUGCUGCUGGGGUUGCAACAUCGUUGACUAAUUCCAGCCAACAAUGGGAUUUUCCGAAUGGUUGGGCGCCGUUGCAACAUAUGAUAGUUGAGGGACUAGUUAUGUCAGGAUCAGAAGAAGCGAAAUUAUUAGCAAAAGAUAUUGCUAAAAAGUGGAUUAGGACUAAUUACAUUGUUUAUAAGAAGGUCAACGCAAUGCAUGAGAAAUAUGAUGUCACCAAAUGUGGAGAAUUUGGAGGUGGUGGCGAAUAUGUGCCACAAACUGGUUUCGGGUGGUCUAAUGGUGUGGUGUUGGCCUUUUUGGAGGAGUUUGGAUGGCCUGAAGAUCUAGAUCCACAAUGCCAAUGAUGAAUUCAAUUGAACCACUGGGCCUGGUAAUGGGCCUGGCCCAAGAUUUUUAUUACAUUUGUAACUAAUCUAUCGGAUGUUAGCUUGAAAAUCAUUAUACAAGUAAAAAUCGAGGCAAAAUAGUUGGUUUGUUUUAUUACAUUUUUUUUUGUCAUCGGAUGAUCACUA